AUGGCCUCGGCCCUGAGCCCACCUCGAGCCCCCAAGGCCAAGGGCAUCCCGCCUUCGCACUACUACGAGGGCUUUCUGGAGAAGAAGGGGCCCAGAGACCAGGAGUACAGGAAGUUAUGGGCAGGCCUCCAGGGUCUCACUCUUUAUUUCUACAAUAGCAAUCGGGACUUCCAGCACGUGGAGAAGGUAGACCUGGGAGGAUUUGUGAAGCUCACAGAUGAGGCUCCCUGGGGGAGCUCACGUGACCCCGGAAUCCACUUCAGCCUGGUCCUCCGGAACCAGGAGAUCAAGUUCAAGGUGGACAGCCUGGAGUCUAGGGAGAUGUGGAAAGGCUUCAUCUCGACUGUGGUGGAGCUCCGUGUCCCAUGCAACCUGACCCUGCUACCCGGACACCUGUACAUGAUGGCCGAGGCCCGGGACAAAGAAGAGGCGCGCCGCUCGCUCGAGACGCCAGCGUGCUUCCUGAAGGUGACCCGGCUGGAGGCGCAGCUACUGCUGGAGCGCUACCCGGAAUGCGGGAACCUGUUGCUGCGGCCCAGCGGGGGCGACGCAAACGGCGUGUCCGUCACCACACGCCAGAUACUCAAUGGCUCGCCCGUAGUGCGGCACUUCAAGGUGAAACACGAGGGUGCCACGUACGUCAUCGAUGUGGAGGAGCCGUUCUCCUGCGGCUCAUUGGACGCAGUGGUCAACUAUUUCGUGUCGCACACCAGGAAGGCGCUGGUGCCCUUCCUGCUGGACGAGGACUACGAGAAGGUGCUAGGCUACGUGGAGGCGGAUAAAGAGAACGGCGAGAGUGUGUGGGUGUCGUCCUCGGUCCCCUCGGCCCCCAGCCCAGGUCCUGCGCCCCCUGCAGGCGGCCCCAAGCAACCACUUCCUGCGUCCACGCCUGUGUCCACUCAGGAGAAGUUGCCUCCUCUACCCCCACUGCCCCCACCGCCCAACCAGGACGAGAACUAUGUGAUCCCCAUCGGAGAUGCCCCAGCUGCCAACUAUGUGAAUGAUGAAGUGCCGUCCCCUAGUCGGCAGGUUGCCCUGAAGCCCAAGAAGCUGCUAAAGCCUCAAGCAAAGGCCCCAAAGCCACCCAUCGUGCCCAAGCCAGAACACAAAGUCCUCCAUGGUGGCCUGCUGGCCAGGAAGCUGGCGGCCAACACAGCCCAGACAUUCUUCCCGGCAACAGGGCUGGCCAACUUGACUGCAGAGCUGGAAGAGAAACUGCAGAGGCGGCGGGCGCUGGAGCACUGA